UAUUGCUUAUAAGUCCAGUAACUACUUAUCAGUUAAACCUAGGGCUGGGAUUUGUAUGUAAAUACAUAUUUUUACUAAAUCAUAAUAAAUUAUUUAUUGCAAAUGAUAGAUUCGUUUCACAUGUUUUGCAAUACAAAAGAUAAAAAAUAAAUAUUUUAUUUUAUAUAAUUUUACAUAUUUUUUCAUAAUUUGUAAAAUGUCUGCUUUAAUUUUACAUAUUUCGUACAUUUUGACAAUUUUGGUGGUUUAGUAGUAGUAGUACUGUAGUAGUAUUGAUUAGAAAUUAAAAACAAUAAAUUGCAUUAUUCAAAAAUGAUUUAGAAUUGUAUUUUAAUUUAACACGUUAACAUAUUUUUAAAUUUUUCUUAUUACAUAUUUUUUAUUUUAUACUACAGAUUUUGGCAAUUUUAAUUACAUAUAAAUGUACUUAAUUUUGGUUUUUUAUUACAUAUAAAUCCUAGCACUAAUUAUAACUUAUGUGUCUGAAAUAAAAAAUACCUAACUAUUGUUUAUAUUAUGCAAAAUGCAUUAAAUUGAAUUUGCUCCCGUCUCUGUUUUCUUUUAAAUAUACUACCUACCUAUUUUAACUUUUAUACAAUAAGAUAUUGAAUCAUAAAAAUAUAUUAGGUAAUUAUGUAUCAACAAUAAAAUUAUUAGGUAUAAAUAAAUAAUUUUCAAUUAUUGAUUAUUUUCAGCUGUUUUCUGGUAAAUAAUAUUUAUUUUAUAAAUUAAUUUUUAAUUGUUCAUUUUAUUUGUCAUGCUUUGUACUAAGAUACUAAAUUACUGUUGUUUUAUUAAUGAAGAAUCUGCUAGCCCAGAGAAUGAUGGAUCAAAGUUACAGUGUGUUUCGAUAACUGAUUCUACCCAGCUGCAAUGUCCUGGUAAAUAAUAUUUAUUUUAUAAAUUCAUUUUUAAUUGUUUAUUUUAUUUGUCAUUAUGUUAUACUAAAAUACUGAAUUGCUGUUGUUUUAUUAAUGAAGAAUCUGUAAGCCUAGAGAAUGAUGGGUCAAACUUAGAGUGUGUUUCGAUAACUGAUUCUACUCAGCGGCAAUGUCCUGGUAAAUAAUAUUUAUUUAAUUAAAAAUCCUUCCUUAGGAAAGGAUCAACUAAUUUUCUGUAACAUUUGUGUAAUUUGUGAUGUUUGUAUUUUUUAUUAAUGUAAAUAUAAUAAAAUGUAAAUGCUGUUUUUCCAGAUUACUCAAUUGAAGAUUUGAAUUUUAAUAAAAAUAUGAACAUUGACUUCCUUGAAUCAAAAAAGUAUGCAAAUGAUCCAGCUUUAAUCCCUCAAUAAGUGCAAAGUUCAUUAUUAAAUUAUCUUGUUGACUUAGGACCUUGCCAGCCAUUACCUAAUGAAUUAAUUGGUAAUUCAUUUCCUGUUAAAAAAGACUCUAUAGGUAGAAGCCGGUCUUUCCAUGAAACAUAUUACUAUAUUAAAGGAACUGUAAAUCAAUUACCAGCAAAACGAUUGUGGCUUUCCUACUCUCCUUCUUCUGACCAAAUAUAUUGUAUUUCUUGCAAGUUAUUUGGAUUUACUAAAGCCAAAAAAUCAGUCAUGGCCAAUGGAUCAAAUGAUUGGACAAACCUCAAUAGAAAUAUAAAGAAUCACGAAUGCAGCACUGAACAUUUGGAAUCUGAAAUUAGUCGGGGAUUGUACCAAAAAAUUAUAGAAUUGAUUUGCAUAUAAUGGAAAAUGCAAAUAGAAAUAUAGCCGAAAAUCGAGAAGUUCUUCGUGUCAUCAUUGAAAUUAUAAUAUUUACAGCACGUCAGAAUAUAGCCCUGAGAGGACAUGUUGACUUCAAAAAAUAGAGGUAAAUUUUUAGAAUUAGUAGAGCUUCUUAGUCACCAUGAUGCUGUUUUAAAAAUACACUUAGAUAAAUUGAAAAAAAAAACUAAAUAGACUUACUUUUUUAUCUCAAAUAAGUCAAAAUAAAAUUCUUAAAAUAUUGGGAGGAUUAGUAAGAUCCUCAAUCUCAACUAAAAUUAAAAAAGCUGGAUUGUUAUCAGUAAUUAUUGACACAACCACUGAUGUUGCUAAUAUUGAGCAGUUUUCAUUUAUAAUAAGAUUUGUCAAUAUUUAUGGUGAUAUUGAAGAAAGGCUUGUAGCAUUAGAGGCUGCAGCUGACGGGACUGGAAAAGGAUUGUAUGAAAAAUUUUGUGAAAUAACAGAGAAGCAUAACAUUGAUUGGAAGAAAAACUUAUGUGCGCAGGCGUACGAUGGCGCUGCAGCAAUGCAAGGUACCUAUUCAGGGUUAAGGACAUAUAUUCAACGUAAAAAAUCAAGGGCUAUUUAUGUAUGGUGCUUCGCACACUUAUUAAAUCUGGUUGUGGUUGAUACAUAUGACUCUUGUACAGGUACAAAAAAUUUUUUUGGUCACUUGCAAUCAAUUAUUGAAUUUAUGAGGGCAAGAAAAAGGACUGCUGUGUUUAUUGAAUGUCAACAUGAUUUAUAUCCAGAAGAACGGAUUCGUCGUAUCAAAAGUUUUUUUAAUACGAGAUGGACAUCUCAUGAUGUAUCAUCAACGUAAUUACUGUUGUAUACAAAAGAUUUAAAGCAUUAUUAAAAUCACUAAAUAUUUUGGAAUCAUUCAAUGAUAGAGUAACGUCUUCAAAUGCAAGUAUAUUUAAAAGUAUUUGUUCAACAUUUAGUUUUGUUGUAACAUUAAUUUUUAUGAAAAAGGUUUUUUCGGUCACAACACCACUAUUUACAGUCAAAAUCACUAGACUUUAUUGAGGCAUUAAGACUUGUGAAUAACGCAAAAGAAAAUGUAUUAUCUAUGCGUUCUGACAUCAAAUAUGAGAAAAUUAUAGAUGAAGCCAAACAAUUUUGUGAAGAACAUGAUCAGCCUGAAAAGGACUUUAAAAUUAUUAGAUUAAAAAAACGGAAGAGGCAAAUUGAUGAAAAUGCUGAAAAAGAAAAUUUAAAUUCACCAUUUGAAAAGUAUAAAAUUAACACAUAUUUUAUGGCUUUAGAUAAAAUAACAACAUCGUUUAUAUCACGGUUCAGUGGUGCUCAAGAUAUUUUAAAAGACUUAGCUUUACUUUCACCUGAGCGUUUAAUUGAAUUUGGCAAAGAUCCCGAGCAAGAGUUACCAAAAAACUGCUUUAAUUAUGUUGCAGAAUGGAUCGAGGGUAUAUCAUUAGAAAAUUUAAAAAAUGAGUACAAAGUAUUUAGUACUAGUGUAGUACCUUUGCAUGAUGGAAAUAAAUUUCCGGCUAAUCUUCACGACACAAGCAUUAUCAAUGAAAAAACCACAGAAUCAAAAUCAGAAACCUUACAAACCAGUGAAUCUGAAAUUGAUCAUGAUGAAACUGAAUCAAUAUGUUACAAAAAUACUAUUACAGUAUCUAGUAUCCUACAUGUUUUAACAAGUUUUGAUUUAGUGUCUGCGUUCCCAAACUUAUAUUUGGCUUACAAAGCAUUAGGAACAGUACCAGCAUCUUCAGCGUCGGCUGAGCGAAGCUUUUCUAAGGUAUAUUAUUAAUUUCAUAAUAUUUUAUAAUAAUAAUGUUUAUUGUAAAUUGUAAUAACUAGGGAACGAAUUUGAAUGUAGAUUGCAAUUUUUUCUGAAUGUCCGAAAACAUUGCUAUACAAGCACAAAGUUAAUUUCAUACAUCAAGGAAUUAAAAAAUGUAUCUUUAAUUGUGCAUUUUUAAGACUUACUUUUUAGAGCAUUUUUUACUUUUUUAUUUAUUUAAGUCAUUUUUAUAUAAGAAUAGAUAACAUUUGAUAACAAUUUAAUUAAAAUUCAUUCUAAAAGAAUAAAAUAAAAUAUUAUUUAUUUUUUCUCGUCGUACUUCUAUUUUAUACGA